AUGGAAUGUGAUGCAUCCAAAUGUGAGAAGUGUAGUUCGUUUGUACUUAUUCGAAAUAAGAUAAGUAAGGUCAAAUACUUUCAAUUGUGGGCCCAAAGACAUCAUGAUUUGCAUUCACCAGAAUAUAAGUUAAUCUAUGCUUACCAAUUUAUGAAAAACAAGAUUUUAUUAGCAAGAUCAUUUAGAAAUUGGAGAUUACAGACAAAAAUAUCAGUCCAACAGAGACAAGAAGAAAAUUCGCCCGCAUAUUUAUUAAAAAACGACAAAAGAUACCAGGAAUUUUUCCAUGAUCUUCAAGAUUUGGCCCUUCAAAAUGCUGAACUUGCUACAAAGAGAAAUAAAAUCAAUUAUAAUAUCCAAAAGAUUGAAGAAAUUAUGCCAUCUAUUCUUGAAAAGCAUAAAGAGCUUAAGAAUUCAUUGAUGUUACAGACCUGUAAAAACGAAGAACUUAUUCGUCUUAGAGCUGAGAAAAAAGUUCAAUUCAAAAAAAUCGUUGAGGAGUAUACUAUAAAGCUAAAUGAUGCUUCCAAAGUUGAAUUUAAGCAAGAAACUCAAAAUAAUACCACAGAUCUUGCUUCCAUUAAGAAUGCAGAAGAUUCAUAUCAAGCAAAAAAUCUGGGCAUUAGAGUGAGAUUGAAUGAAUAUAAACAGCGAGCAAUAGCUCUUCGUAACGAGAUUCUCUCCGUUUCUAGGAAUAUAAAAGAAAAGGAAGCAGAUAUUUCUAAUAUUCAAAGGAAGUUAAUCAAGUACUCGGACAUUUAA